CUACCUUUUUUGUUUGUGUGAUGCCGCAGAAUACUCAAUUUUCGUCGAAACGUGCCUAUUGCUGGUCGUUUGAUAAACAUGACACAGGAGAUUUUACACAAAUGUGAUGAUAAAGCACUGUUGGAUACAUUUUUCUGGAAAGAUGGUAACCUGUGUUUUAUUGGGGAAUGUCUGCCAUGGUUUUGCAACGAUGAGCAUCCGAUCUGUGGCAUCAGUGACCUGCUGGAGGUGUCCGUUGCCCAGUUCCUCCCAAAGUGCCCUGACAGUAAAUACCCAGUGAAUGACAGGGCUUACCCGUGGAGCCAGGGAGUUAAAGAAUCAAAAGUGUGAGUUGUUUUUAUAUUCUCUAAUCUGCUUUUUUUAAUUUGUUUUUUAUUAAACUUUAUUUACCGAGGGUAACCCAAAACAGCGGUUAGCUGACAAUCGUGGGGCCCUCGCGUAAAACAACAGCAAAAUACAAAACAACGGCAAGGCAAAGUUAACAAGUUAAUAUAAACAUAUAUAUAGAUAUAAAUGGAAAAAAAGAAGCACGUAUGUACAAAUAUUUAAAAGCAUUAAAAAAGCAUUUAAAAAUAAAAAAUUAAAUAAAGAAAUAAGCUUGUUGACUCGAAUAACUUCACGGGCAAAAUAUCGCGAUGGACAAUAAGACACGACUUUCUGAAUCGCUUUUCAGGCGGGCCGGGCGCUCACUGCGGGCCACCAAAUUAUCAUUAUUAAUCCAAGGUUGGGAUGGUUUGUUACCUUUUAGAGUUCCUUAGCGAUUGGAGCAUGUUUAUCUAAAAUUGAUUUUAGUGAGGCACUGAUCAUACUAUACGAUACGCCAGCAUCCACUCGCUGGUAGGCGAGAGACUGAGGUCAUCGAUGAAGGCUUCCAAAUUGAUUGGAUUUGAAAACCAAAAAAAAAAAAAUUAUUAUUAAAACUAUAUUUAAAAAAUAAACAAAGUUAUAAAAGCUCACCCGCACACUACACGAACAUUCUCAUAAAGGGCUUCGCUAUUGCUUGUUUUUUGUUUUAUUCUAAUUGUAAACAUAAUUGAGAAACAAUUUAUCUUCUUAAGGGAACUUAAUGUAACUACCUUUUCCACCAACUUUACGUUACUUUCUUGAUCUCCACUUAUAAGUCU